UCGUAAUUAAGAGGAGAACAUGAAGCACAGCUGGGGCAGCAGCCAAAGUAGGCCAAUUCUCAAAUACGGAGCAGAGAGUGCAAGCAGGGCUUCUGCACAAUGCACGCGAUCAGACAGAAACUGGAAACAUAGAGACGGGAGUUGGACGUAUUAGGGUUAGGGUUGAAGUUCCCGUGGAGUUGGCCUAAACCCUUGUUGAACCCUCACGAGGAAAGACUGAUGGGAGAGUGAAUUCGGAGUCGUGUGACGUAUCCGUCGGGCAGAAUUGGGAGGGGGGAUUGGGAUGAAACUUCAGUAGAUGUGAAUUUCGGAAAAGGCCGAGGGUUUGGGAUUGCAGAUGUGUGAUUGACGGGAACGGUUGACGAAAUGGUGAUCAGAGGUGGUGCCAGCUUAGUGCGCUACCAGCCUGCGUUUUCAAACGAUGGAAAACGCUUGUUGGUUUGCAAGUCUGCUUUGGUCACAGUUUACAGCACCGCCACCUCUCUUCCGGUUCUGCAUUUGAGCGGGCACAAAGAUGCUGUUACUACUGUCAUUGUGGUCCCAACAAACAUUACCGGAAAUGUUUCUACCAACCAUUGCUGGACUGCUUCAAUGGACGGUACUGUCCGUUUUUGGGAUUUCAGUACCGACGCACCGCCAAUCAAAACGAUCGUCGUCGGUAGACCCAUUGUGUCCAUGGUUAUCCCAAGCCUGUUGAGGCCCCCUCCGAAAGAAGGGGAGAAAGCAAGUAACAUGAUAGCCUAUCUGUCCCUCCGGUGGCUGAAAGAAGGACAUGAGCCCCGGCUUGAGGCUGUAGAAGGAGGCAAAGUUGACUGGCAUGGCCGUGUCAAAGUCUACGAUUUGACCAAAUCGCGCUACCUUCAAGGUAGUCUCAUAAAGACAAUAACUCCUCAAGCGCUCUCUGUUAGUCCCUUCGGUUCUUUCGUGGGACUGACCUGGAACAGAAAGGUGCAUGUCUGGAGAGUUCCAUCCACGUACAGCGUGCACGUUCGAUGCAUCACACUCACCACUCUACACCAUACGAAGACCUGUAGGGUCGUUACCUUCGAUCCCACUGAAAGAGUGGUCGCUGCUGGUGACGAUACUGGUCGAAUUCUUUGCUGGCAAAGUGUUGGCGAGCGUCGUCUUGACCAGAUAGUGAAACAAAAGGGGAGUCCGACAUCUGUCAUCCCGAAAGGCCCCAAACACUCUGCUUCUGGUGUCAGGGGAAAUGACGAUGCAGAAUCGUGUACAACUUAUCAUUGGCACGCAAAUGCCGUCCAAUCUUUGUGCUUUUCUGUUGACGGAACCUACCUCUUUUCAGGAGGAUCAGAAGGGACACUUGUGAUCUGGCAACCGGAAACUGGCAAACAACAAUAUCGGCCUAGACUUGGAGGGCCCCUCGUGUACAUUACACAGUCGAAAGAUCCUUCUGUUUUUGCCAUUUCUUGUCUAGAUAACACCAUCAAAUUCAUUAAUCUGGGUACUACCCAUGUGGAGAAAUGCUUUCAGGGAAUUAGGACAUUUACACCUCUGCCGGAUGUUUUAAAGUGGGUAAGCAACACAAGGGCCCUUUUUGAGCCAAAGGAUGGAAAGCUUGCUUUUCCAACAGAUCAUAUGGGCUUGCAGUUUUACGACCCUGUCCGCGAUACUCACUUAGCUGAGGUUCAAAUUGCUCCGCGUACAUACGUCGGUGCCGAUUUCAAGAAGGACCUGAGCGAAUCUGGACCAUCGACCUUUGUGACGCAUGUUGCUUUCUCUUCCGACGGAUCUAUCAUGGCCACAAUUGAUAUUUGUCUGCCUGAGGAAGACAUCGGUGGCUCUGCCACCUUGAAGUUUUGGGACCGACAUGCCAGAAGGUUGAGCUACACACUAAGUACAGUCGUCAAUGAUCCACACGGGGCUGACAUCACGUCUAUGGUUUACCAUCCUUCACAACAUCUUCUUGUCACGUGUUCAGUAGAUGCCACUUUUAAGGUGUGGGUGCAAAGCUCAGAUUUCAAAGUGGAAGAUGAUUAUGAAACGGUCACCGGUUGGAGAUGCCGUUCAGUCGGAUCUUACAGACACAAGCAGAUGUUGGCGGGAGCGUUCUCACCGGAUGGAUCUCUUCUAGCUGCCGCAGCCGAAGAGCUUGUGACACUGUGGAACCCAUAUACUAAUGGGUUCGUGACCUCACUGGCAUCAGUCCCUUCUCCACAGAAAAUAAGGCAUUUGGCAUUUGUCCACAAAUCCCAGUUUUUAGUGGCUGCAUCGACUGAGGGCAAGCCGCGCAUGACCGUCUGGCAUUUACCAACUCUUUCUGUGCGGUGGUCGAGUCUACUAUAUGUAGAAGCACUGGCUGUCGAUCCUAGAAACUCUGUUUUCUCGGUCAUAGCCCUGACUGGACCUCCCAGCAUGGAAACCAAGGACGGUUACGAGGAUGCAGCAAACAGAAAGGCCGUGGUUGCGGUUUUCAAUCCGGAAGAUCCUACCCCCAUAGCUGCCUGGAGUAUCAGAGAGGGUCGCGGAGGAACGCUGAUGUUUUCCACGUCCAAUUUACUUCGGGACCAAGAGGAGGUCAAGGAGAGUGAUGACGGACGCAAACCGGAGAGCUGUUUGGCUGUCCUCACUGGUUCACGAGAAUACGUUCUUUUCAAUCCACUUGAUAAGAAAGUGCAACCAGAAGUAUUUGCAUUACCAGCGCCUCAAGGACCUGAAGAAGGUGCCUCGGCCUUUUCGGCACUGUAUGGGAAAGCAGCAACACCAAAGAUCAGGGAGCCCAAAGACGUGGUAGGGAUGAGGGCUGCAAGGCCAUGGGGAGAUUUAUUAAAUGCUCCUUCCCAUGUGUUGCCGUCUUUGACGAGGAUAAGUUAUGCAUUUAUGGAAUCAUUAUUGGAGAAACAAACAGACACAGAGGAACAAAGAAAUUUGUAAAUUAGUGCAAAUAAAUGGGACCCUAUUAUGGGUACAGUUCACACACAGGUGUGCCCUCGUAGUGCAGAGUGAGCCAGACUACUCCAAGUCGAGCUGCUUGCAAGAAUGGUGCAGAUGCCCAGCGCUUUGAGUUGGGGACAGGAUAACAUCCUCUUUGGCACUCGGGGGCAACUUUUGGAAUGAGCGAAGCUGAGACCGGUCGAUGACGAUUCAAAAUUUAAGAGAGCUCCUUACAUCAUACGGCAGAUAUCCCAGUAGAUGAGGCCAGGAGCUGUUGUUCUUUCUAGCUUCUUGGAAGCAGAUAGAUGAGCUGACAAUUACUGGGCGUGGGCGUGAGAAAAAGUUCAGAAGAAAACUUAGAUUGAAAGAGGGAAAGCUCUUGAGUAUAGAUUAAUACGGAUUAUUCUGUGAUGGAUGGCUCAACCCUGUAGGAUGAGGUGGUUGGCCACGACUACAAUGGUAGCCGUCUUUUUGUUACCGAAAUUUUGGAGGAGCCAUACCUCGUGUAUAAUGCUAGAGUAGUCAUUGUAGUUGCAGUAGAAUUCCAGAAGGUGAAUACCAGACCGACGGCUCCUCAAGGUUCUGAUAAGGUAGGUUGUAGCCAUUGUUUACAUUUCAUGUCUGUCACCUAUUGAUGUAAAGUACCAGGACGGAAUAAGUUUGAUUUGUCCUUGCUCCAAAGCGAGUGACAUUUGCCACUUUUAAGGUGAGUGAAGUCCGCGUAGGCAAAGAGUAUAGAUGGAGGACAUUU